UUUUUUUUUUUUUUUUUUUUUUUUAUCCUGCUCUUUAUACCCCAGAAAAAGGACUUUGAUAGAAUUACACUCUCAUUUUAAGAGAGUCAACUUUCCAUCAUCAUGAGAAUCGAAACAUGCCACUUCUGCUCUCGACCGGUAUACCCCUCGAAGGGAAUCCAAAUGGUCCGACUCGACGGUAAAGCCUUUCGAUUCUGCCGGUCCAAAUGCCACGCCAACUUCAAACUCAAGCGUCAACCGAGAAAGCUGAAGUGGACCAAGGCCGGCCGUGCGGCCAGCGGCAAAGAGAUGAUCGUCGACUCAUCGCUCGUGCUGUCCCAGUUCGCCAAGAAGAGAAACGUGCCCCAGAAGUACGACCGGAACGUGGUUGCGGCGACCAUCAAGGCCAUGGAGCGGGUGGAGGAGAUCCGGCAGCGCAGAGAGCGGGCGUUCACCAAGAAGCGCCUGGCUGGCAAGCUUGCGCGGGACCGCAAGCGCGCGGCGGACUGGAAGGUCGUGCAGGAGGGCGAGCACCUUAUUCGCAAGGAGCUGCGCGAGAGGGAAGAGGGCCGGCCGCUUGUGGCGGAAACCAGCAAGGCAGCCAACAGGGUGCAUGGCGAGGAGAAGCUCCGCCAGAAAAAGAAGACCCGUGUCUUGGUGGAUGGAACUACACAGGACGAGAUGGACGUGGAUUAGAUUUUUUUUUUUUUUUUUCUUUUUAUCCCUCUUUUUUGCUUCUACUCCGUACCAGGGUUUUUUUUUUUUGUCUACGUUUGUCU